UCGCGCAUGCGCACGGUGCCUAGAUCGACUCACUUGGUAUCAGAAAAUACCAYAGACUAAUUGCAGCUUUAUGUAUACACGGAGUGCGUCAAAUAUUUGCUUGGUCUCCCAUUUUUUUAGAAGAGAACUGGAUGCAAUUCUGCCAGCCUUGCUGUCAUGCAACAGUCUCAGUUGAGUGGAUUGUCACAUUGACUUGAAAAAGCAGCAGAGGAAGAUGUUUCCCAUUGUACAGUACCAACCUUUAAAAUUAAUAACCAAAACCACUCUUUCUAGCACGUGCUUAAAGCUGAUGUUUUCAAGACCUGUAGCUUUGACACAAACAUGGAAAUCAUGGCUCUCAAGCCAUUCUCUCGUUGGAAACAAGAAUAUUAUCCUAAUGGGACCUCCGGGUGCUGGGAAAACAACAGUAGGGAGAAUAGUAGGUCAGAAACUCAAUUGCCCUGUGAUAGAUGUUGAUGAUGAUGUCCUGGAAACAACCUGGAAUAUGAGCGUGUCAGAAAAGCUGCAGGAUGUGGGUAACGAGCAGUUUUUAGAGGAGGAAGGAAAAGCCCUGUUGACUCUUUCAGCAUCUGGAAGUGUCAUUUCCCUCACUGGCUCCAAUCCCAUGCACGCCGCGAGCAUGCGGCACGUGAAGCAGAGCGGCGUGGUCGUGUACCUGGAUGUGCCCACGGCCGUCAUCCUGCGCAGGCUGCAGGCCAUGAAGGUGGAUCGCAUUGUAGGCCAGGCUCCUGGGGUGGCUCUCGGGGACAUCCUGCAGUUUCGGAAGCAGUUUUACAGAAGGUGGCACGAUAUCCGUGUUCUUUGUGCAGGAGACACCGCAGAGGCCGUAGCAGACAAGGUGCUCGAUGCRGUGAAGAGGUACCAAAACUCGGAACUGGAAACUUUUAUUUCUACUAGGGCUAGUAGGUCAGGAAAUGGUAAGGGAGAAGACUCUGCUAAAUAUUUCAGUGAUGUUGUCACUGAGGGCCUAGCCCCUGAUGGGGGACUCUUUGUUCCUGAGAAUGGACUUCCAAAAUUAUCUGCUGAAGAAUGGCAAAGCCUGAUAGAAGCCACCUAUGUUGAAAGAGCCCAGGUGAUACUGGAAAGGUGCAUACAUCCCGCUGAUAUUCCUGCUCCUACCCUGGGAGAAAUCGUUGGCACUGCCUACGGAGAAAACUUUGCUUGUUCUAAAAUCGCCCCAGUUAGGCACCUGACAGGCAAUCAGUUCCUCCUUGAGCUCUUUCAUGGCCCAACAGCUUCCUUUAAGGAUUUUGCAUUACAGGUGAUGCCACAUCUAUUCGCAUACUGCGUUCCCAGCAGUUGCAAUUACCUGGUUCUGGCAGCUACUUCUGGAGACACAGGCAGCGCCGUCUUGGACGGCUUCAGUCGUCUCCGCGAUGCUGACAAGCAGAGAAUUGCUGUGAUGAGUUUCUUUCCUGAGGAUGGUGUGAGCCACAUUCAGAAAGCACAGAUGAUUGGCUCUCAGAAAGAAAAUGCCCGGUCAGUAGGUGUCAAAUCCAAUUUUGACUUUUGCCAGACAGCAAUAAAACAAAUCUUUACUAAUUCUGAUUAUACUGGCUUUCUCACCGUAGAAUAUGGAACAGCUUUAGCUGCAGCAAACUCAAUAAACUGGGCACGGCUGCUCCCUCAGAUAGUUUAUCAUGCCUCUGCAUACCUYGAUCUCGUUCAUCAGGAUAUUAUUGCUUUCGGAAACCCUGUAGAUGUCUGCAUUCCCACAGGAAACUUUGGCAACAUAUUAGCUGCAUUGUAUGCUAAAACGAUGGGAAUUCCUAUUAGGAAAUGUGUAUGUGCUUCCAAUGAAAACAACGUUUUGACUGAAUUUGUAAGAACGGGGCUGUAUGAUUUGAGGGGAAGAMCAUUAAUUCCCACGUUAUCACCAGCCAUUGAUAUUUUGAAGUCCUCCAAUCUCGAACGGUAUUUGCACCUGAUGGCUCRUGGUGACGGGCGGCUUGUGUCUCAGUUAUACAGCCAGCUGGAAGAGCAGGGCCGCUUCCAGCUGCGGAAAGAGCUCCUCGAAAAGCUGCAAGGGGAUGUGGUGGCCGGCUGGUGCUCCGAGGAGGACUCUCUCGCUGCCAUCCACUCUGUGUACAGCACCACGGGGUAUAUUUUGGACACGCACACAGCUGUGGCUAAAGUAGUUGCGGAUCGCUUGCAAGACAGGACUUGCCCCGUUAUUAUUUSCUCGACGGCUCAUUAUUCUAAGUUUGCUCCUGCUAUCUUGAGGGCUUUGAGGAUUGCAGAAAUAAAACAGAAUCCGUUAAGCCAGCUCCGCUUGCUGAGCUCGUACAGCCCUCUGCCUCCCGUCCACUGGGGCCUUUUAGAGACGCUGAAAAGGAAUGAGAAUGAGGAUCACGAGGUCUGUGCUGCUGAUACAAGCGCGCUCAUGUCUCACAUAGAAGCCUUAAUUCAAAGCCAUUUUACAAAAGUUUACUGAGCAAAUCUGUCUUAAACAGGCACCUAUUGUGCCAGUUGCAAUACUCUCUUGGCUAAAUGCAUGUUUAAUGCACUGUGUGCAGCUCACAGCAGAACUUCCUCCAUUUGAUAUUCAACAGCACACAGAAAUGUCUCACGCGUGUGUGAGAAUUUAGGUAGUGGGGAAAGGUUCUGAAUUAAGAGCAUCAAAAGCCUGAAAUGUGCAGGCAGGUAUGGUGCAGACAGCAGCAGGGCAGGCUUUUCUUGGCAACACUGCUUCCUUCAUGAGCCUGAAGCCUUCUCCAAAGGUGGGAUAGUGAAGAGCUCUGGCCAUUCUGAGCCCCAUAGCUGUGGUUUUGAGAGGGCGAUGCAAUCAGUGGGUGGUCAGCUAAAGCGUCUCACUUAGGGUGUUGAAAUAUUAUCACCUCUUGCAAUUAUGUUUGUAUGUUAUCARUGAGGGUUGAUUUCAAUACAGAGAUUAAAUAUAAAUGUGAUGUUAGGCCUUGAACCGUGCAGUUUGGUGCUCUGUCUUGUAUAUUGUUAUUAUGUACUGUGAAGCCAAUGCUUGUAUACAAAUGUGGUUCUUUUUUUCCCCGACAAUUUUUUUCUCCCCAGAUGUUUUUCUCUGUAAAACAGAAUCCUUUGUUCAAUAUUUGUAAUAACUUUUGAAACACAGUUCUUCAGUGUGGUGGACUUUCUUGUGCUUUUUCUACUUGAACUCUAAAAUUUAGAUUUUUUUUUAAUUGUACAAUAAUUUGAUGUUAAUAGCAAUCUUCAGUGUAAAUAAAUAUUUAAUUUUAGUUCUUAUUUCUUGCAUUUAACAUUUUUAGGAUACAUCUUCUGUCUUAGAGGUCAUACGGUUUUCUGAGAAUAUCUUUAUUACUUCUGUUGUCCCUUCAUUUCCUAAAUACUUAUUUGUUUUGCUUAGAAUAAUAUAAGAAAGAAAUUUCCUAAAGCUCUUAGCAUCUCAUCAAGAGAAUUGCAAGACGAAUUUCAGAGGCUGGAAAUUGUGAUGGCUUCAAAGGUAUUCCUUGWAUAACCUAAACCAUGUUUGUGUUAGCAAUCUGAUUUCCCUAAUGAUGUGAAUCAGCAAAGUAUUUUGAAAAAUUCCAUUUACAUCAUGUGAUAUACUGGAUUCCAGUGUAAACCAAAAGACUUGAGCAAUAUGUUUGUCACAGUGAAUAUAUUGCACAACGUUAGAUGUAGUCAGUUUUAAAGGUGUGACACACACACAGUUUUCUGUAUCCUGCCAUUCUUGGACAUCCUUUCAGGAUUUUUCUACUCUUUACUCAAUCCURUCUUGCUAUUUCUGCAGUAAUUUUGCAAAAUCACUUUGCAUUGUGUUUUCCAGAGGCAAUAUGCGAGAGGCUGUG